AUGUCAGACGGUUAUAUUGUAACAUUAAAAGAUUCAUGUUCAGAUUCAACUGCAAAUGAAAUAAAACAAAAAAUUGAAUCUGCUGGUGGUAAAAUUAAAGAUGAAUUUUCAUUAAUCAAAGGCUUUUCAGUAAGUUUACCAAAAGAUCAUGUUCAAACAUUAGAAUCUCAUCCAGAAGUUGCAAAUGUUGAACAAGAUGGUGAGGUUAAAACUCAAUAA